UGUACGGAAGUAGCAUGCAUCCAUUGUGGGUGUAACAGGUGAUGACAGUCGAGCAAAAUCUGCGCUCGUUUUUGCGUAGGUGUUAUAGAAAAGCCUUAUUUUUGUAUUUACACGCCGUUGCUGAUAACUGUGACAGCUCCACAUCGUGUACAUUGGUUUACAGAUUUAUUUCCGACCAUAACUUCCAAGGUAAAAUGGAGAGGGGGACCGGUAAUGCAAAAAAGAGCGAGCCGGCUUCGCCUUCGGGCACAAACGUUAACGAAGACACCUGCGUGGAUAAUUCCUGCUCCUCCGGGGAUGGGAACUGUUGUACCACUGAUGUCGCUCGAGCCAGGUGGACUCUGCUCAGACAGGUGCUGCGUCAAAAGCAGGUGGACAGUCCAGAGAUCAAACAGGUCUCUGUCCGCAGGUUCGCCUCAUUUGACCUUUUCAGCAGGAUAAAACAUGUGACUGAUGACCCUGACGAUACCUCAGCUGACCAGUGGGUGGAGUAUAGGAGUGUUUGCUGUCCCGAGCACAGUGCCUUACUCAGGGAUAACCUGGGGCCCCUAAAAGUUAAUGAAGUGCUGAAAAGUUUUGACAAUACCGGUAAUGUCUGUGUCUGGCCGUCGGAGGAGGUGAUGGCUCAUUACUGUCUGCAGAAACGCCACAUGUUCAAGGGUGCGGUGUGUGAGCUGGGAGGAGGUAUGACUUGCCUCGCGGGCCUGAUGGUUGCCGUUUGUGCUGACGUGAAGGAAGUCCUGCUAUCAGAUGGGAACGAGAAGUCCAUUCAGAAUGUGCGAGACCUGAUCAACAAGAAUCGGCAAGCAGGAAAGUUUGGGUCGACACACGUCUCUGCCAGGGUGGUGCGGUGGGACUGCGAGUCGGACAUCUCGGCACUAGAGAGUCGCUUUGACGUUGUGAUGUGUGCGGACUGUUUGUUUCUGGACCAGUACAGAUCCAGCCUGGUUGAUGCCAUAAGGAGAUUACUGCAUCCAAGCGGAAUGGCGCUGGUGUUCGCUCCGCUCCGAGGUGAAACCCUGAGACUGUUCUCCCAACUGGCCCAGCAGGCCGGGCUCUGUGUCACUCAGCACCAGCAGUAUGAUGCUCAGGUCUGGGACGUUCACUUGAAGAUGCGGCGAGAGGGGAAGGAAAGCUACGAUGAGAACAUUCACUAUCCUCUCCUCGUCACCUUGACCAAAGCACCUCAGCUCUUCAGCUACACUCAGUAACGUCGCACACAGCCCCCACCUCCAGGCGGCUUCACACCACAGGCUUCGCACAAUCCGGAAAAAAAAACAAAAAAAAACGCUACAGUUUGUGACCUGAAGUGAAAAAGCUGUUUUGAAAGCUACCAGUCGUCUUUUUGCUGCUUUGGACGAUGUUUGAAGCGUUGGUGAGGAUCUGUGUGGCCUCCAGAUCAGUGGGGACCCAAAGGAAGGACGCGUUUCGAACAUCUGCCAUGUGCCAAACAUUAGUUAAUCUACUGUAUGUGAUUCACACGCUUCGCCAGUCACUCGUGUUUAAAGCUAAAGUUUAUCACGUUUAUCACGUUUAUCGAGUUGAACUUCAUUAGAUCUCAUGGUUCUCUAUCAGUUUUCCCAUUAGCUCACAUGCUAACAUUUAGCCCAUUGUCAUUCCGACCCGUGGUGGCCUUCGGGUGCCUCCACCGAGGACACGCCGACGCAGACAAUCACCUGCCGCGUGCCUGAUGCCAGCGAGCGGCUCCAGACCCGACUGAGGCCAACAUCAAGCUCCUGGUCUGAAACCAAACGCAGGACGUGAGACAAAACAGUCACAUCAGCCUCAUCUUACAUUCAUCAACACUUGACCCCGUUACUGUGGAAUAGGCAGAAUAGGAUUUCAAAUGAAGCCAACAACAUAUCUCAGUUAAGGAGGAGACUUUUACUGUAAGUGCACAGUUACUAGUGGAAGUCGAGGGUGAGGCUGAGUCUAGUUUUUGUCUUUUAACAUAUCUAGAGAAGCUGAGCUGACGUGAAGCAAUCAGGAGCAAGGCGCCUGUGACUGAUCCUGUUUAAAGCCUGGCUGCUGGAGAACAUUCAUGUUUCACUGUGACCCGUUGCUGUGUACAACAGCCAUGAAGCUAUGCAGUAUCUCCCAGUGGCUGCCGUUUACAUUUAAUAUGGGAAAAAAACCCAAGACGACAAACAAGUGACCCGCGUUUGUCACAGUCUCGGAGCUCUGAGGUCCUUUGCUGUUCGUGUCUCCGGCUUCAGCGCGCGUGAGCUGGACUGAGCGGCACCGGCCCAGCUGUGGCGGCGCCGUGGGCCCGGCCCGUUCCGGGCCGCUACCCGGCGCCCCGUCGCGCUGCUGUGAUGUCACACGUCCGCGCGGUGACGCCGCCGCCUCCUGAGAUAUCGGUGUUGUUCGCUGCAGCACAACCUCCCACUGUGACAUUGGCCGACGGCCAGGAAGCAAACGCUGCUUGGGAGGUUUUUGUUUGCUCACUGACAUCACAAGUGAGAAUCCGACCCGAAGGCACGAGGUUCUGUUUACCAGCUGAAAGUGCCCUGCUCAACGGCUCUGUCACUACGACGUGGCACCUGAGCUCAUAUUAGGAUUGUUAUCAUAAGAGUGGUUAUUAUUAUUGUCAACCAGAAUGAUUUGAACUGUUGCUCAUUGGAGAGCAUGUCCACACCAUCAGUUUCUUUUCCACAGUGUGUGUGGUGUUUAAGUGUGUGUAUUUUAUUGAAGGCUUUCAUUUAACCCACUUCCUGUGUGGACAUGGUCUCAUGCAGUCCGGUUCUCUGUUCAGGCAGAUGUCCUCCGCUUCACUGUAAUCAAUCAGUCAAUCAGUCGAGGGUUUUUGUGUUUUUGUGCGAUAAUAAAAUUAUUUUGAUGAUUCUGUUGA